AUGAUUUACAAUGACAUUUUAACUUUAUGUGCAAAUAAAUUAAGAGGACUAAUUGAUUCAAAGAUAUUUAUUUGGUUGUUAAUAUUUUUUAGAAUAUUUAAUUGUUUAUUUGUUGUAACAUCAUUUUAUCCUGAUGAAUAUUUUCAAUCUGUAGAAAUUGCUCAUUUUUGGGCUUAUGGAUAUGGACAUAUGUCAUGGGAAUGGGAACCUUGUGUAGCAUUAAGAUCAGUGAUAACUCCUUUUAUUUAUUAUGUAUUAUUUUUAUUUUUAAAACUUAUUAACAUAGAUCAUCCUGUUUGUGUAUUAUACAUUCCUAAAUUAUGUCAUGGUAUAUGUGCUGCUUUGUGUGAUUUAGGUAUUUAUAAAUUAUUGAUAUAUUGGUAUGUUGAAUUGUAUAAUGACGUAUGGAUAUAUGAAGAUAAUAUAAAACGUAAUGAAAAAGAUGAGGAUAAUGGAAAUAACAACAAUAAUAAUAAUGAUAAUAACAAUAAUAAUAAUAAUGAUAAUAACAAUAAUAAUAAUAAUAAUGAUAAUAACAAGAAUAAUAAUGAUAAUAAUAAUUAUUAUUAUCAUAAUAAUAUAUUGUACAACACAAAUGACAUUAUUUGUACAAUUCUAUGUUGUCAUUUUUUUUGUUGGUUUUAUUUUUAUUCCAUAUGUAGGACAUCCUCGCAUUCCUUUGAAUGUUUGUUUAAUAUAUGGGGUGUAUAUUUUUUAUCACAAAAUUAUGACCCCUUGAAAAAUCAAUUAAACAAAAUAGAAAAAAUAGACUUAUUAUUACAGAACGAUGUAAUCAUAAAAAAAGGAAAGAAAAAUUUAAAUGAAUGCACAAAUUUAAAAGAAAGAAGGAAUGAUCAUCAUUUUGAUACAUACGAAAAUAAUUUUAUAUAUGAAAAAGGAACACAAAAUUGUAAACAAUAUGAUAAAAAUGUUUGUGAUAAAAAUGUUUGUGAUAAAAAUGCUUGUGAUAAAAAUGCUUGUGAUAAAAAUGUUUGUGAUAAAAAUGUUUGUGAUAAAAAUGUUUGUGGCCAAAAUAUGGUUGAUCACAUAAUUCGGAACAGGAACAAUAUGUGUAGGACACAUUUUUAUUCCUCCAAAUUUAACAAAAUAGAAGAGGCAAAAAAUUUAUUAUUUAGUUUAUUCUUUAGCUCCUUGUCUGUUAUAUUUCGUCCAAACGCUUUAGUAUUUUGGUUAUCUUUAUAUAUACUAUAUUUUAUAAAGAAUAUAUUUGAAAAACAAAAUAAAAUAAAUUAUAAAGAAAUAUUGAAAAUAAGUGUUACGUACACAUUUUUUUUCUUAACUAUUAUUAUUAUAAUUGAUUCCUAUUAUUUUGGGCACAUUACAUUUCCCUUUUGGAAUUUUUUUGUUUAUAAUUUUUUAAGUGGAAACAAUAAAUAUUUUGGAGGACAUUCUUUUUUUUUUUACUUUGUAUGUGUUAUACCUUCUAUAUAUUUAACCUUAACACCUUUUUUGUUUUAUGGUUAUUACAUUAUAUACAAUAAUAUAUUGAAUAAGAUAAAGUAUAAGACAAUUAAUAUAUAUAUGUAUAUAUUGAAAAGAAUUGAUUGGAUAGUAUAUUUAGUUACACAUUUAGAAAUACUAUCCUUAUCAUUUAGUAAGCAUAAGGAACAUAAAAUUGUUAUAGGAUAUAUACCAUUUCUUACAAUUUUUGUUGGAUAUGCAUUAUAUUUAAUAAAAUUACAUUAUAAAAAAGAUAAUGGAAAAAAUAAAAAGAAUAUAUAUAAUAAUAAUAAUAAUAAUAAAAUCCAAUAUGGUAAUAUAACCAUAAAGGGAAGAAAUAAAUAUAUUUUUUUAUUUUCAUCUUCUCUUUUUACAAAUAUAAGUUUUUUACUUCAAUUUUUAUGUAUUCUUUUUUUCUGCCUUAUACAUAACAGAUCACCUGAAUAUGUAGCCUCUUAUUUUAGAAACUUAGAAACGAAAGAUGAUCAAAAUAUUUAUAUAUUUAUAACAAAUUGUUAUGAUAUUCCUUUAUAUUCGCAUAUACAUAGAAAAUUCAAUAUAGGCUUUUUAGAUUGUUCGCCUUACGAUACAAGUAUUGAUGAAGCUACCAAAAAUUGGAGAAAACGUAUAUAUGAAGAUAAAUUUAAAGAACAAUUUUUUAAUAUGUUUCAAGAAAAAAAAAAUAAUAAUCAUCAUAUAAAUAGUACAUAUGGAGAUACAAUUACUCCAUAUAUAAUACCAGAUAUAUCAUUUUAUUGGUUUGGUCAUCAUCAUUUUAAUAAAAAAAAUAAUUUUCAAUAUAUUUAUCAAAACAUUAAUUUGUCAUGCUUAAAUUAUAGAUUUCAUAUACCUUUACACGGACAAUUACCUACGUAUAUAGUUACAACAACUAUUGAACUUACACAUUUACAAUUAUUUCUGAGUACAUAUAAUUAUAAACUUGAAACAAAGCCUUUUUUUUCUUAUUUUAGGAUAAGUGAAGCAAAAGGUAUAGUUCCAGUAUAUCAUUACAUAUUCAAGAGGGUUCCUUCCUAA